AUGUCCGGCCUUGUUUCCGACGAAAUUGCAGAGGACUACAAGAGUUCAUUGGAGGAUCUAACCACCAAUGAUGGAAUCCAGAUCCGUACUCUGACUGUCAUCGCCAAAGAGAAUACCGAACACGCAAUGGCUAUCUCCCGGGUCCUGGAGAACCACAUUCGAUCAACUCCCCCCCUGCAGAAGCUUCCAGCCCUCUAUGUAGCCGAUUCCAUCGUGAAGAACGUUGGAAGCCCCUACACCCUCUUCCUUGGCCGGAACAUGUACCAGACAUUCAUGAAUGUUUAUACUCUCGUCGAUGGAAACACCCGAAGGAAGCUGGAUGAGAUGCUCAACACAUGGAAGCAGCCGGCCCCAGGCUCCCUGGAUACGCGCCCAGUCUUCCCUCCCGACAUCACACGCAACAUUGAGAGUGCUCUCAUCAAAGCACGCACUGCGGCUUUGCAACAACAACAGGCCAGGGCCCAACCAGACAUCCUCGGCCGUAAUCGUGGAAAUGGGACUCCAACUGGGUGGACAAGCAGCUCUACACCACCUCAGAACAUGCCUCGGCCUUCACACAACCACCAGUAUCCCAAUAAUGGUCAUUCCAAUUCGGCACCUCCCCAGACUCAUCGACAGGAUAUUGAUUUGAGCUACCUCAAUCGAGACGUGGAUGCCCUGAUCGCCUCUGCAAAGAUUGACUUUGCUAACAGUCCCUUUAACCCCGUUUCUCAACAACGCCUGAAAGCGUUGGUAGAUCUUCAGGCCAUUCUACAGAAACAACAGCUUGCCCCAGAUCAGUUGAAACUUGUCCGUGAUCAGGUCUCUGCGCUUGCUGCCACAAGACCGCCAUCGGCUGCCCCUAAUGCCGCUACGAAUGGCCCUGCAGUGUCUGCUCCCCCACAAGUUCCCACACCACCAGCCCAACCAGUCUCGCAGCCCCUCCAGCAACUAUUAAACCCUAACACCCUCGCCGAGCUGAUCAAAGCUACCGCUUCGCGUCAGCAGUCUACCCCACCACCUCCAAUUCCGGCAGCGCUGCCUCAGAUGCCCCAAUAUCCUCACCAAAGCGUCCCCCCGCAGACGGCGCCGGAGAACCCUCUUAUUGCGGCCUUGAGGGCACGUGGACUUCUACCUGGUGGAUCGACGCCCUCGUCUCUUACGCCAUCGACUUCGACGCCGGUUUCUGGUAGAUCUAAUCUGCCAUUCAUCUUGCCUCAUGGAAUGCAGCCUACACCCCCAGCUCCGUCUCAAACCCCAAUUCCCUCCAAUGGAUCCUCUGGGGUCCCCAUGAGCACCGCGUCUAUGAAGAUCCCUCGAUUCGGACUUAUUGUCUCUCUUUAUGAUUCCCGGCCGAACCGAUGUGGAACUUGCGGUCGUCGCUUCUUGACCACGGACGAAGGCAAGGAAAUGAAAGCCCGGCAUCUGGACUGGCAUUUCAAGACCAAUCAGCGCAUGACCGAGUCCUCCCGACGGGCUCAGAAUCGCAGCUGGUAUGUUGAUGAAAGGGACUGGAUCAAAUCUCGGGAAGCCGGCGACGAGAAUGGUGCUGCGGAUCCUCAAGCCACCACCGAAGGAGCUGCAGGCGUGGAUGGCAACACUAAGCAAGAGCCACCAAAGCCGUGGAUUCGAGCCCCGAAUGAUGCCACUCUCCGCAACACCCCGUGCCCCAUCUGCCAGGAGAAAUUCGAAUCGACUUGGUCUGAAGAUGUCCAGGACUGGAUCUGGCAAGACGCGACCAAGGUCGGAAGUCGUGUGUAUCAUGCCAGCUGCUAUUCCGAAGUGACCAAGGGCCCUGCACCGACGCGUCAGACACGGACCAGCACGCCCGAUUCUGUCCUGGGCAAGCGGAAAGCUGAGGGAACUGAAUCUCCAAGUCAGAAAACGCGCAUCAAGACCGAGAUCUGA